AUGGCAGACCAACAUCAACAGGGAGCUGGCCCAGCCAACUCUCUGGCCGACUAUGAUCUCUCCACGCCCAUCUCCACAACCCAAGGCGGCCUCCGCCAGGGCCUCACAUCCUACGGAGACGCUCACUUCUCGCUAUUCCUGCGCAAGGUCUUCAUCAAGGCCCUCGGCUACAGCGACGACGCUCUCUCACGGCCCAUCAUUGGCAUCGUCAACACGUAUUCCAGCUUCAAUCCCUGCCAUGCCAACAUUCCGCAGCUCAUCGAGGCCGUCAAGCGGGGCGUGCAGCUGAACGGCGGUCUGGCUGUCGACUUUCCCACCAUCAGUCUGCACGAGUCGUUUUCGAGCCCGACUUCGAUGUAUCUGCGGAACCUCAUGAGCAUGGACACGGAGGAGAUGAUUGCUGCGCAGCCAUGUGACGCUGUUGUUCUGAUAGGAGGCUGCGACAAGACGACACCAGCACAGCUCAUGGGCGGCAUAUCUGCCAACAAGCCCAUCUUGCACCUCGUCACGGGACCCAUGAUGCCGGGGAGCCACAAGGGCGUCCGCAUCGGCGCCUGCACAGACUGUCGGAACAACUGGGCCAGCUUCCGGGCUGGCACCAUCGAUAUCGAAGACAUCUCGGCCAUCAACGAUGAACUGGCGCCAACGGCCGGAACAUGCGGCGUCAUGGGCACGGCCAGCACAAUGGCGUGCAUCCUCGUGGCCCUCGGGCUGAUGCCCUUCAAGGGCGCCUCGGCGCCGGCCGUGUCGUCGGCGCGGCUGCGCAUCGCCGAAGAGACAGGCGCCAACGCGGUGCGGGCGUUCCGACAGCAGCUCCGGCCGCAGACGGUGCUGACGCGCGACUCGUUCCUCAACGCCAUCACGGUGCUGCAGGCCAUCGGCGGCUCGACCAACGCCGUCGUGCACCUCAUGGCCAUCGUCAACCGCCACCCGGGCGUCGCCGGCACCAUCACGCUCGACACGGUCGACGCCAUCGGGCGGACGACGCCGCUGCUCGUCGACCUCAAGCCCAGCGGCGACAAGUACAUGACCGACUUCCACGACGCCGGCGGCAUGGCCGUGCUGCUGGGCGCGCUGCGGCCGCUGCUGCGCCUCGACGCCCUGACCGUCACGGGCCGCACGCUCGGCGCCGAGCUCGACGCCGCGCCCGCGAGACCCGUGCCGCGCGCGAGCCCCGUCAGCUGCAUCCAGCCCCUCGCCGCGCCGCUGCACGCCGCGUCGUCGCUCGUCGUGCUGCGCGGCAACCUCGCGCCCGGCGGCGCCGUCAUGAAGGCCAGCGCCGCCAAGGACGCGCGGCUGCUGCGCCACGCCGGCCCCGCCGUCGUCUUCGCCGGCGCCGCCGACCUGGCGCGCCGCAUUGACGACCCGGCCCUCGACGUCACGCCCGACAGCGUGCUCGUGCUGCAGAACAUCGGGCCCGUCGGCAACCCCGGCAUGCCCGAGGCGGGCCUCAUUCCCAUCCCGAGAAAGCUGGCGGCGCGGGGCGUGCUGGACAUGCUGCGCGUCUCGGACGGCAGGAUGAGCGGCACGGCGGGGGGGACCAUUGUUCUUCACGUUUCGCCUGAAGCUGCGGAUCCCGAGUCUGUGCUGGGCAUUGUCAGGACUGGCGAUAUCAUUACCUGCGACGUGGACUGUCGGGUCAUCAGGGUGGAGCUUUCAGACGAGGAGAUUCAGAGGCGGGUGAGGGAGAAGAAGGAAACGCUGGAGAGGGAGGAGGCCAAGGAGGGCGCGGCGCCGGGGCCUUGGACGGCGAGGAAGACGAUCAGGGGGUACCGGGGGCUGUACAUGAGGUCGGUGAACCAGGCGCAGCAGGGCGCCGACUUUGAUUUCUUGACGGCUGCCGGGCCGCGGGGAGGACAGGAGUAG